CGCUGAAGCACACACCGAGUAAGAGAGAGAGAGAGAGAGAGAGAGUAAGAGAGAGAGAGAGAGAGAGAGUGUGGAUGUGUCGCAGAUUUUAAAACUCCGUGAAAGAGGAGGGGAGCUCGCGCGCUCCGUGCACCGAAAAAUGGUAGAAAACGCAGAAGUGUCCGGAUAACGGGUUAGAAACGGGACAGCUCGAGCUUCUGCACUGAUCCCAGAGCAAAGAAGAAGAGGAAGAAGAAGAAGGAGGAGGAGGAGAGAAGAAGAAGAAGAAGAAGAAGUGCAACGCGCUAGAAAUCGAAAAGCAAAUAAAUAAGUGAGUAAGUUUGAAGGCUGCGCGGGGAGAUGGAGCUGUCAUCCAUCGGAGAGCAAGUGUUCGCUGUGGAGUCCAUCACCAAGAAGAGAGUUAGGAAGGGAAACGUGGAGUAUCUGCUGAAGUGGCAAGGAUGGCCUCCUAAGUACAGCACGUGGGAGCCGGAGGAUAACAUCCUGGACCCUCAGCUCGUUCUUGCCUUUGAGGAGAAGGAGGAGCGGGACAGAGCGCAGGUUCACAGGAGGAAAGGCCUGAGGCCCCGCAGACUCGUCUUACGGAACAUCUACACCAUGGAGCUCCGAAGCGCUCAGAAAACUUCGGAGAAACCCACGCCCCGAUUCCGCCUGUCACUCGCCCGCUCCAUGGGGGCGGGGCUACAGCAUAAUGGGCGGCGCUGCAGGAACGGCGAAGGCAGAGUCUACCACCACCACCACCACCUUUUGAAGCGCAGGAGCAGGCAGUGUGCGUCCAAACCGCCGGAAAGUGCAGAGUCGCCACGGCAACGAACAGCGGAGGCGGAGGAUGAGGAGGAGAAAGAGUGGGAGAAAGAGGAGGAGCAUCAGGAGAAGAAGAAGAGGAGGAAGAUAGAAAAAGAGGAGCAUCAUGACAUUCCACACGCCCAGGAGAUGACAGAAGACCACGCCCCCUCAACACAGGAAGCUGUCAUCACAGAGGGAAAACCAGAACACUGCGCUUCCUCCCCCGACCACGAGGUGGAGCCACCCAGCACUGAGACCGGUUCGGCUACGGCAACAGCGACGGACCAGUCAGCGAGCACUACUAACACAAACACACACGAGCACAAGCCAAUCACAGACGCUUCAGGGGGCGGAGUCUCCCCAGAUAAACCUAUGACUGACAAAUCACUGAAAAGCAGCUCAGAAGCGGGUGUGAUCACAGACAGGGUCCAAAACCGAGCCUCGGUGAUAACGGUGCGACAUUUGAUUGACAGGUUUGCGCAGGAUGAGGAGAGAGAGACAGGUGAGACAGACAGCAAAGACAAGAGCGAGACAGACAAGGACGAGGUCACGGCCGAGUGCACCACAACCUUGCAGCUGAGCACGGAGGUCAGAACAGACGCGUCUGAGGCAUCCGAGAGCACGCGGCAUCCUGGGAAGGUGAUCGUGACUAACGUGACGAUUAACUCGCUGACGGUGACGUUUAAAGAGGCGAUGACGGCGGAAGGGUUUUUCAGCAGCUACGGGCUGCAGGUCUGAGGGACGAGGAGGAAAGAGGAAACACACUUACAACCAAAAGUACUUCCUGUCGAAUUGCUAAUGUGGCUAACGAUCAAAGAGAGAGGAGUUAGCAAAUCAUUUAGAGUAACGCAUGCUAGCUCGAAUUCGUUAGAAAUGUUAGCAUUUGAGGUGAAGUACGCCUUAUUCAUGCGAGAGUGAGGGAUUACAGGACCAGCCAAUGUGUUGAUCUGUCGAUGUUUUGAAGCCUUUCGCCGUUUUUGCUUUACAGAUACUCGUCUGUUGUUAAAAAAGGGUUACGUUUCCGUCUCCGUCCUUUCGUUUUAGUGAAAACGUGAACAAUAGUGGAAGGAUUUCCAUGUUGCUGACAGUGACGCCUUUAAAUGCACGCAAAAACGAACGCUGUUUCCACUUAACGCAUCGUUGGUGUUAACCGUUCCAUUAAAAACAAAAGAAAAAAAAAAGAUGAUGUGUACGGAUUUAGUGCAAGUUCUUGUUUCAGGGACAGCAAUGACUAGAUGACAUCAUCACCCCGUAGUCUCUGCAGCCCUGUCCCCCGUCUGGGACAGGUGAAGGUUUAGCCGGCUCGGGUUUUGCUCUGCCUUGUGCUCCGAGGCCUUGCUGCAUUUUUAACGAGUCCGUAUCGGUUCACAUUACAAAUGCCACCGCACAGGCUGUACUGAAGUGUAGGCUGCAUUCACAAAGCGUUGGAAAACAGUGUGCUUUAGAUGUAUCUCUAGCAUGCGACAAAGUCGAGCUGAAGUUCAUGUGGUGACACUGCAACCAAAAAUAAAAAAAAUAAAAAAAGAGAGAGAAAAACAUGCCGUUGUAUGACUUGUAGUUUAUCUAUGGCAAGAUUACAUUUUUAUUUGUAUUUCCGAUAAAUAAAGUCACAAAAA